GCAACUCCCGCGCAGUACAGGUUGACGCGCGGACGCGAGCACCAGUGAGCGUAGUACCGAGAUUCUUGCGCAUACGCAUAUAUCGUAGUGUUUCCAGUGAAGUGACCCGACACCAUGAGAUUAGUGCCGGCUUAUUUGCUCGUUGCGCUAUUUGCAAUAGCCUCAGCGCAAGAUCCUACAACAGACGCCAUCAAUGACAACAUCAUCGGGAUAAAACCCUCGGUCCGCCUCGACCCCUACAUCAGAAAAGCUUUGCUGAAAGCUCUCACCGAAUUAGAAGAGAGCAAUAAUGUAACCACAGACGCCGAUAACAUUACCACGGACGAAUCUACCGACGGUUCUUCUACCUCUGAAUCGGAGCUGUUACAAACUGGAGAUGUUACCGAGGAUUCUCGAACUCAAAACCCAGAAGGAAUACAAAUUCAUUCUUUUAUAGUCAACGGACAGUCAGCAUUCGCAAAUAGCACGAAUGUGACACCUACUUUUAUAGACAACAACUUUUCAAUUUUAAGCACUACAGCAGGAAACGUCGAGAAUCAAGUGACCGCUACACUUCCAACCCAAUCCCCACAAAAUGAAAUAUUCCAAACAAGAGAAUCAGGCUUAGGCGUGCAGCACAUUAGAAGUGUACAAGAAACGUCAACCUCGCAAAAUACAGUUACUAGUACCAGUACGUUAUACUCUAGACCCACGACCCCGACGACAACAACGACAACGACAACUACGACAACCACAACCACCACGCCCAAGCCCACGCACAACCAGGACGGAGAAAACAUUGAAGACGUCGACAAACGGGACGUCCAAGUCUUCCAAGCACCUUUAGUUGCGGCCUUUACAGUCCAUCAAGAUGCUCAAGGAUUACCCAAGAAAGUUGUACCUAUUUUCCAACAACAAAAUAUUGGUAACAACGUAGCGCCCCUAGCGAGCACAACACUCACUACGGGCAUCCCGGCACCGCAAAUUGUUCCGCAACCGACCACGAACCAAGUGGAUCCAAACUUUUUCAUAAACCAACAAUUAGCAUUACAAAAGCAGCUUGAAGAAAAACAGCGAAUCCUCGAAGAACAGUUGCGUCAGUUACAAAUUCAACAAAGGCAACAGGAGGAAGCACUAAGAAAGCAGCAGUUCCUUUUCAAACAGAAGCAGCAAUUGCAGCAGUCACAAAGUCAGCAGCAAAUUGUACUUGAACAGCAACGCAUUCAAGCUAUCAACCCUAGCAUUAACUUCCAAGGAUUGCCAAAACCUAAUCCACCCAACCAGUUCUUCAAUGGAAACCAGGGUCUCCGACCGCAGAGUUCGCAAGUGUCGAUCCAAGCCAGCGUGCCGUUAGAGCAGGCGAACACCGUUAACGUCCAGCAGCAGUUGCCGAGCCGAGAAGCCGUAGACUUUCUUAUACAUUUACGUAACAACCAACCUGAACAGUUUCCGCUGCAAGACAAUCAUGUCCCUAUUGGAAUAUCCAACUUUUUACAGCCUAAUUUCCAGCAAGGCCGCAAUUUCAAUCAAAUCAGGCCCGAUGACCAAUUUAGGCAAAAAGGAAAUCGAGUAUUUCGUCAGGAAAGCGGUGUAGGAAACUUUGGCUUUAAUAACUUCCAGCAGCAGCAACAGUUUAAUAGAUUCAACUCGUUUAACUUUGCCCCUAAUAACCGCUUUGUGCCGCUUACGAGGCAAAAUCAGUUUAACCCAGCAGAUAUUGAACUGAAACAACUAUUAGUUCAAACUGGUCUGAAUGCCAGAAGUCCUGAAGAUUUAAAUAUCGUAUCAAAAGUUUUAUCCUUAAAUCACGGCGUCCCAAUAAACAACAAUGUGUCAAACAGGUUGCCGUUUGACAGUAGAAGGCAAGUGAGAGCGUAACUUGAAUUUAUCAUAAUAAGACAGCGUUAUUAUUUCUCGUAUGCGCUUAGCCUUGAACUGCGCAUGAAAUAGUUCAUCUGGUCAAUGACUUUGUGAGGUGCUAGUAAUUUUGAAGAUCUUUGUUUUGUUUGAGAGGCUGCUUCGAAUAUUGUUAUUCGAUUUACGUUAUGUUAGUUCCAUGACAACAAAGGUGUUAUAUUUAACAAAACUGUCCCUCUAUAUCCUACAUAGCCAACGAUUGGUUUAUUGGAUGAAGCAUGCAUUCUAAAUAUAUUUGAAUCCAAAGCACCUUGGUUGUUUAUCAACCCGAAAUGUAUAACAUAAUUUUAAUAGCUUUAAAUAAAAUGAUAGUGCCCGUGCUUGACAUACGUACCUAUACUUACUUGCGACUACCAGAAUCCGGACUUCCCUGCCUAUUCUUUACAUAGAUUCACCAAAGAAGAUCUGAACAAAUGUCCACGCUGCAAACCUGAUCUAUAGGAUCUUUACCAUUUUAAUAGUCCUAAAUAGUCGACUAAUAGUUUUUGUAACAACCAUAAAAAUUGCUACAGUCUUUGAUUCAUAUACCUACUCAAUUAUGACGUAAAUCUAGUUUGUAGAAACAACUAUUUAUUGUAUUUUAUAGUAUUUGCGAACUGCCAUAAGUAGUACUUAUCUACAGUUGUUACAUUUAGUAUUAGCUUGAGAAAACUGUAUAAUUAGAUAGGUAUCUAUUGUGUAGUCAAUGUGGUAAUCGAAUAAAUAUACUUUUCACUUAGAUAUAUAUUAAAAAUAUACAUAUUUUAUCCAGUUUAAUCAAGCUAAUUGUGAAAACAACUGUAAAACAUUAUCUUUUAACUGUUAAUUAGAAAUAAAUAAAUAUAUGGCCACUAAGUAAUUCAUGAGUAGGUAGGUAUAUAAGAUUCUAUGAUAUAAUGAGUCUAUGAUAUAAGAUUCUAUAGAAUGUUAGUACAUAGCAUGAAUUAACUACACUGUCCGAAGGUAUCAUGUAGGUACCUUUUCUUUUCUACAUAAUAUGUACUUAUGUCAUAAAACAUAAUACUUAUGCGGUUUAUAUUUGAUUUUUUUUUUGUUAUGCAAUGAAUAAUAAUAAACCUACCUACUCCUAGUGGUCAUAAAAACAAAUAAAAUAAUAUACCUAUCAUUAAUGUUCUGAAUUGUUUAUUGUAUCUAUAGAUUUAAGAU